AUGACUGACCAGGGUGCCAGGCAGAAAGAUCCGCAGAAGGAUAGGCACGAGACAUCCAACUUAUCAGUAACAGCAGACUAUGUUGACAAGUGCAAUAGCUCUCCGUUAGAAACGUACCUGCGUCUCUUCGCAGAUAUUUUCCUCAGUGACGAAGAGUACGUCUACUUUAUGCUCGCAAUUGCUAACACAGGGCGCAUAGAAACAAAGGGCGGAGCCAUUGCGUACCAUGUGAGUGACUACAUAAACGCCAUUCUCAAUCAGAAGCGCAUAGAGAAGGUCAAUAAGGACCAUAACUCGGUGCUCCACGGAAAGGGUACAGACGACCCUGCUGUAAGGGCCUUCUGUGAAAUGAUUGAGAUAAAUUUCAUAGAAAGAAAUACCUCGGCCCAGCACUCUAAUUACCAAGCUAAUGCCUCCUAUCUUUUCAAUCUCAAGAAAUUUCUAAUUACUAGCUUUUAUAAUCUAGAUAUAUAUGUUACCAAGUUAGAAGCAGAGCUGAAGGACCCGAUAUCCAUGGGACAUGUCAAGUACCAUUGUGAGUAUUGUGAUAAAAGGUUUACAGAAGCAGAUCUAUAUAAGCUUAAUAAGAACGGAAAUAUCAAAAGCAGCACAUGCCCUAAGUGCUUCAAGCCACGGCUAACCUUGGUGACCAAGCACAACCAAGACAAGGAUGACACCGCAAUGAAAAAGGGAAUGUUGUCGGUGUUGAAGGAACUGCAUGCUUUGGGGAAGAGGAUAAUCAGUGAAUACAUGGACAAGAAGGAGAACUACUAUGCAGUGAGGCUCAGAGAAUUCCAGAACUCCUAUCAGAAUAACUUCCUGGAGGGCCAGCGAAUAUAUAAUAAGUGCAACGGUGCAGCAGCAAUGAAGGUAGCAGAUGAAGAUGGAGAAGGGAGCGAAGACCAGGAAGACACUUUCACGUGGUUGUCGGCGAAUACAGACGGGGUAUCGUCUGCAACCUCGAGCCAGGAAGUGGCCAAUGUGUCAGGACUUCGGCCAAGCCAAGGAGCUGCACACACAAAUUCAUAUAGCCUUGGUGGAAAGAAGCGGCGACGAAUAGACGUCACCUCUACUGAUUUCAGAUCUGUCUUUAGCAAGAGAAACGGGGCGUUCUGGAGGAGCGAGAAGCUUGGUGGGAUGACCGUCCUCGGUGAGUCAACAAGAAGACCCAAGUGGUUCGUCGCUAUAAACGAAAAGGCACAGAGGGUAUUAAAUAGGGGCAAGCGCUAA